AUGCCUGAAGGAAACUUCAAUAAGAGCCUUCUACUCACUAUGUCCAAUGGCUCUCAAGUCAUCGCCAGGGUUCCCAAUCCCAAUUCCGGUAUUCCACACUUCACAACUGCCAGCGAGGUCGCUACAAUGGACUUCGCUAGGACUAAGCUUGGUCUACCAGUUCCCAAGGUGCUUGCGUGGAAUUCACAGACAUCAGAGAACCCAGUCGGAGCAGAGUAUAUUGUCAUGGAGAAAGCAUCAGGUUCUUCCCUUGCGCAGAUCUGGCCGCGUUUGAGCAAUGAAGAAAAGAGGGAAAUUGUUCAGGCUAUGGUUAGCUUUGAUGUUAAAAUCCUAAAUCAUCCCCUUGGUGGCAUUGGCUCUUUGUAUUAUCCAAGGGAUAUCCCAAGUGGAACCAGCCAGCUACCAGCUCUAGGAUUGAAUGAUGCUUGUGGUCGUUGGGUCCUUGGACCUACCACUGACAGACGUUUCUUUGACGAUGGAAGAGGAGAGCUAUCCCUGGACCGGGGCCCUUGUAAGUUUUGCAUUCUUUUUUCUCUUGCGCUCCCAUUUGAAGCUAACGGGUUUAUUUUAGGGAAUACUGUAGAAGAAUACCUAGCUGCAAUCUGUGACCGUGAAAUGACGGCCAUUCAAAAUCUGAAUUGUCCUCUUCGAUCGGAAGGAAUUGUUGGCCCUGGGGGUUAUCGACCUACUCGAGCUCUCAAGCUCUCAGUGUGCCGCGACUUUCUGAAGGUGGUAAAUCAUAUCCUACCGCCUGAGACUAGUCGAACACCUGUUCUAUGGCACAAGGACCUACAUCUAGACAACAUCUUUGUGAAUCCUAAGAAACCUACAGAGAUUGUCGCGCUCAUUGACUGGCAGAAUGUCCACGUUUCACCUCUAUUCGACCAGGUCACGCACCCUGCAUUCUUGGACUACAAGGGACCGAAACUCGAAGGUCUCAAGACACCAUGUCUGCCAGAGAACUUUGAAGAGCUCGACGAGAUUGCAAAGAAACAUGCAAAGAAAAUGCUGGUUGAGCAGACCAUGUACAAAUACUAUGAUCUAUAUUCAGCUUCUAUGAAUGUACCGGCUUACCGCGCACUGAGAUAUCAGGAAACACUGCAUGGAGAGAUCAUUACUCUCAUUGGCAUGAUCUUAAAUGAUGGGGAACCAGCCCUGCAAGGGCUUCUAAUGAAACUCUCCAGCAAAUGGGAUCAACUCAUCUGCAGCAAGGGAGGCCCUCCAUGCCCUCUACAGUUCUCGGCUGAAGAGAUUGAUCGCCAGCCGGAAUUGGAGGCGAAGUGGGCAGAAGGCAUAGCGCUGAUGGACGAUGUGCUAGAGUCACUGGGGGGAGCUGUUCGUGGAUGGGAUGGCUGGGUGAGCCAUGAGGAUUAUGAGGCACUCCAGCAAAAACAUGACCUUGUCCGAAAGCAGUUCAUUGAACACCUUGCUGGGGACGAUAAAGAAGCUGCUAAGGCAUGGGCACGGGCCUGGCCAUUCCAAUGA